AUGGCCAGCAUGUUCCAGCUCAACCCGCACACAUAUACCCAUUACCAGCAGGCCCCAAUGGCGCCUGCAAGACAAUUCUCGCACGGUACCAGCAGCGCCUUCAGCCCCUCAGCCAACCCCGACGAGGACUGGACCAAGAUCUCAGACCUUGCCGAGAGGAGGAGGAUACAGAACCGCAUUGCCCAGCGCAACUAUCGCAAGAAGUUGAAGAAGCGCAUGGAAGAGCUGGAGCGCAAGGCCGGAGUAUCAGACGAAUCCCCCUCGCCCGGCAGUGAGAAGACAAGCCCAGCACCCAAGCCUGCGAAGCGCGCCCCAGCGACCAAGGCACGGAAGCAAUCGCCACCUGCCACCGGCAGACAGGUUGUCGCUCCUCACUUCACAACUCCAUCCUAUGGACAGCACGAUCAGUACCUCUUCAGCCACAGCUACGAGGAUGACAGAGAUCGAUCCACCAGCCCAGUGGGCACCUACUACCAGACUGGCUACCCUGCUCCUGCCAGCGACGAGAUGUUCACUCCCUACAACUUCCACCAAAUGCCCCAAGAUCCAGUCGUAACACUCGCCGAGUACUCAAACACCAUUUCUCUGCCAUCCAUGCAAGCCCUGGAUAGCUACAACAACGGCUUCUUCCCAGGGAUGCCCAUGCACGGAGGCCACCCUCCUCCCUUCGAGCAUCUGACCCCCAAUACUCCGCCUCUGUCACACUCUCUCGAACACUCGGCGGCCUGCUCGGACUCUGGUAGCUACACCGAGUACCCGAAGACGCCGCUGUCCAUGCCUGGCUCGCCUGGUUAUGGUCCACAGCAAUAGGCAUGGAUUUUUUUGUUUCGCUUGGAGAUUGUUUGGACACCAAGGACAAGGGAAAAUAGGGGUACAAGAGAGGGACGCCUCAAGGCAAAGGAUAUACACAACACAUAUAUACGCAACCGCCAACAUAAAAAACAACAAUCACCACACAACAACAGAUUAUCGGUACAACUAUGCCAGUACUGGCGUGGUGGGAAAAGGCCACCACUCUCAGGAGGUGUCGGCAUCCCAUACGCAACGAAUUGAUCGGCAUUUUCACGGGGUUCAGGGACUUGGGGAUAUCAGGGACAGCAUUCAUCAGGGCCAGGCUGGUUGGGAGGGACUCUCUGCUUUUUGAGGUGUUUUCUGGGAGGAAAGCACGUGCUUGCCCGCAGCGUUUUUGUGGCAGCGACUUCUACGUUGCUCUUUUCUUGUAGCCUCUUAUCAGUAUUUUGGAUUGCAAGUCUUCUCACAUUUUGAAGAAUCAACAAAAAUUGUUAAAAUACCACACUUUUUCCCCCCAAUGAGUGAUGAUGGA